GGGCAAUCAGGCAGUUGCGAACAAAGUUGUUCAUUCUACGGCAAGGCUUCAUUGCGUUUUUCAAUUUGAGUUAAACAUGUCUGGACGCGGAAAAGGUGGAAAAGCUAAGGCCAAGGCAAGGUCGAGGACAUCCAGAGCUGGUCUUCAGUUCCCAGUCGGACGUAUCCAUAGAUUGUUGAGAAAGGGAAACUACGCUGAACGAGUUGGAUCGGGGGCUCCCGUCUAUCUUGCAGCUGUACUCGAGUAUCUCUCGGCAGAAAUCUUGGAGUUGGCUGGCAAUGCCGCCAGGGACAACAAGAAGUCAAGAAUCAUCCCUCGACACUUGCAGCUUGCAAUCAGAAACGACGAGGAGCUGAACAAAUUGUUGAGUGGAGUGACCAUUGCACAAGGUGGUGUCCUGCCCAACAUUCAGGCAGUACUCUUACCAAAGAAGACCGAGCAGAAGGCUCCAAAAUCAUAAAGCCUGGCUAGUGUUGUUGGCUGGCUUUACCAGUUCGUCGAACGAAAAACGGUUUUUUUUAAAAACC